AUGCCCGACCAUCGGCUGCCUUACCAGUGCAAAGAACACCCAAGAUGCAGCUACGGUUCAGCAAGACGGAACAACUUGGAGCGCCACAUGAGGACAAUGCACAGACCAGAAGAAUCCUUCUGUUGCAACGAGAAAUUCCUGACCAAAUUUGAGUUUGUGGAGCACACGCAACAGGAACAUCAGUCAGGCGAGUACCCUUGCAACUUUGAAGGAUGUAAUGUCGUCUGCACACGUCGUGCUUUGCUCUACCGCCAUGAGAGGGUCCAUACCGGCGAGAAGCCUCAUCAUUGCACCGAAUGCGAGUACAGGUCCAGCAGUCGUAGCAACCUCCAGCGCCAUUUACUGUCAGUUCACGGCGUUAGUCUGCCGGAGUCUUCGAGGAAGCGUCGCGAGUCAGACAGUCCCUUCAUGUUGCCUGUAUCGACGAGACAUUGCGCACGAGAGGACAACGUUGAAGCCGAAGACAUUUCGUUUUCAAUGGAGUCAGCUAACAAGAGGUACAGCGAGGCUCAACUUGACGUCCUGGAUUUGAGCUACUGUUCAGUGUCUCCGGAGUGCGACGUUGUUGCGGCAAGUGUUGUGGCCGACGAACCAAACGAGAGUGAGAUGCGCCUGGUACCGACUCCACCGCUCUCCGACGCCAGUUCCUCUGAAAACUCGACGUCCCAGAGAAGUUGCGUCCUACCUUGUCCCGACUGCGGUCACACGUACGGAUCUACGAUGGAACUUUCGAGCCACCGAUACGAGAAGCACGAGUUCGGUCGGUUUGACGCAGCGUUGGCCCUGCUCCUGUUGACGGCAUCCUGUUAA